AUAUAGUGCAUAUUUGGAACUUGCCAAAAUGUGGAGCGAAGCCAGUAACAAUUGCGAAAGCAACUGCCAGUGCUCCGGAUUGAUCACGGAAAACUUCAAGAUCAACUCCGGGAACAGCGGAACAAAACGUAAACAGGAUGAAGCACUCACAACAAACUUCAAGAUUAAAAUGAGUCCUCAUUCGUUGAACUUCAACUCACCCCAGUCACCCAUAGCAUCAGCUUCGAAGUGGAGAGUCCUCGGUGAGAUACAGAAUUCUCCGUUGUACAGGCCGAAAGUCUCACCCGUUAUUGAGAGGUUGAGAAAUUCUCCAGUGCUGGAUAGACUGUCACCACAAAUUAACAGGCAUGUCUCAUCACCUAUAACGAGCAGGAUCCUGAAGUCCAGUACGACAAAGAUAUCUAGGAUCUUCGAAGAACGUUCCAGAUUCAAGAUGGAUAAAGAGAAUAUUGGAUUGAUGAGCGAGACCUUCGUGAAGCUGGAAGUGGAGGAAGAAACCAGGGAUUGUUCGUUUGGUGAGAGUUUCCAGUCGACGAAGACUAGCUGGUCGACGACUAAGCUGGAUUUCACCAACAGCAUCCCAUCGAAAUCCUACGAGAUGGAGAAAGAAGUCAAGGAUAUGUUCGUACCAGAAAACGAUGCAGAUCUGGACUCGGAUUUCCAAACCCUGCACGACUUGGAAGAGGAAUUCGAUUCGGAUAAUUUUGAUCACUGCACGAAGUAUGAAAUAAUAUCCACAGACAGUCCCAAUAUUAUAUCCAGAGGUAGAUCCACCACAGCAAGGAAAAUUAAUUCUAGAAACUUCUCGUUCGGAGCACCACUAGCUGAUAAUGAGCAGUCGACGUCGUUCAACCGACCGAACGCAAAUGCGACGAGGAUGCUGAACUUCGAAGACGAGACUUUCGAAUUCACUUCACCGGCCACCAAAUCGUCCUCAAGCACGAGUGCCUCCGUCAAGAAAUCCCUGAAGUUCACAGAGACGCCAACGAAGAACCCCCUGAGGCAUGAACGUAGCGACUCGAGUAUAGGAUCCAUGAGUUCCAUAUCCUCACCAGCUUCGAGCAGGCUGAGGAUAUUCACAUCAGAGUCGACAACUUCAAUGGAAAGUGGGUUCAUAUCGGAGCUGGAGGAACCUUUCCUGGAUAUGGAAGACGCAUCGAAUUCACCAAAAAUGGCAAACUUCAACGACUUGCUCUCCGGACAGAUUAAGGAUAGUAUUCUAACAGACAAGAACUUCCAGAGGAAACCACUGCAACGCAGUUACAGUCUAAACCCGCAGAGUAAAGCAAGGGUAUCGUUGUAUUCAAUACUGGAGAAUCCGGAGAAGAGGUCGCAGAAGCGAGUGGAGAAGAGCGAGAUGGAGAAUGUGGUGAAUAAGCGACGGAGAACUAGUGAUGCGGAGAAGGUGCAACGGCCAGUGCUGCAGAGGGCGUAUUCAGAGAACAAUGCGUCUAUUAUGUCUGCAUUAGCGAGAUCUGCCGUGGACCCAGAUCUGAUUGGAGACUUCUCAGUGCCGUUCGCGUUGCCUCUCACCAGCGGGGACCACUCGGAUCUGAAGUCCAUAUCGUGUGACACCCUCGCAGCACUCCUCAGGGGAGACUUCCAGGAUUCCAUCAGCGAUUUCCAGGUGAUAGACUGCCGCUAUCCCUACGAGUUUGAAGGUGGUCACAUCCUGGGCGCUGUGAACCUGUACACACCAGCUCAGAUCCUCACCAUGGUCAACAAACCACUGCAGCCCAAGGAUGAAGACUCGAAAAGGAGCAUACUGGUCUUCCACUGCGAAUUCUCACUUGAGAGGGGACCCAAGUUAUCUCGUUUCCUCCGCUCGUCCGAUCGCGCCAAGAACAUGGAGAACUACCCAUCUCUCCACUACCCCGAGGUCUACCUUCUCCACGAGGGGUACCGCAGCUUCUACCAGCGUCACCCGCAGCUGUGUACCCCCGAGGGGUACACCGCCAUGCUGGACCCCAAGCACAAGCAACUCCUCAAGCAGCACCGCUCCACGCCCAGUCAGACCAGGUUACAGCGGCUACUAUGA